UAUUUAUCGGAGCAGACGCAAUACGAGGCAUAAGACAAAGUAACAUAACGGUGUCCAAGGGCAUACUACUUAGGAAUCUUAAUUAUUUAUCAAGUGGAAACUUUGAUGACGACCUCUGAUCAAGAGGAAACAAUUUGACGUGUAUGGCAUGGUAUUAUUUAAAAAACAACUAUUAUUUAAAUAGAAUUAACUAGCCGACCCGCGGAGUAGCAUUCGUCGCAGAAUUGCUCACUCAUAGAUUAGAUGAGUGAAGACUUCGUGAAAGACACAGUCACAGUUGUCCAAAUGGGGUGGGUUUGAGGAUACAACUCAAUAACUGUGAUUUCGUGAAAAAAUGGAACUCUGGAGAGAGCUACAUACAACUGUCCGUGACUGAAGACCGGAUUUGGUAGAUAGAGGCAUAUAUUUUUGAAAGUUUGUCCCUGUGCCUUAUUAUUAAUUGUCAUUGCAAAGGCUAAUCAAAGAGGAAAUUGUCACCAUGUAAAACUAAAAUUAAAAGGUAAAUUUGAAUCUGAUGGUGUGAGGGAAAUCUGGGGAAUAAGGACAGUUUGUACCGAAGUAAUCCCAUUGUUGUGAAACAAAGUUUACCGCCAUGUUGCGAAGUUGAAGAGCAACAGUUUCAUCAAUGAUCUUUUUCCAGAAAUAUGUGACCGAUAGAAACAAACAGUUACCUGAUGAAGGAAUCGGUAUAACAAUGAAUGAAGCGUUGUUUCCAUGAAAUACAUGUAAAGCGGUGGCCAUGUUUGCAAAGAAAGGGGGACAAGAACGGGCACAAAUAGCAGCACGAAGAAUGUGGUUCAAAGAAGAGAGCAAUGAGACACACCUGUUAGCAAAGUAAAAUUUUGUUUCGAACGAAAGAUAAUAGAAUGGACUAUAUGUUUGUACACUUAAUUCUCCAGUUUAACUAAAAUAAACUACCAUAAAUGACCUCCGACGGAAUAGCCGCAGCCUAAAUUUAAUCUAGUUACUAUAUGAUCUCACUACUAUUCAAAACUAUUGUUUUAAAAUGGCUCUAACAGUACAGAAAUUUGUAAAUUUACGCAAUCUGCGCCAUGACAUUUCCCAUGUCGGCCAUGACCAAUGUGACGGCCGUGAAAGAAACACGUCUGCUAAAAUUGGGAGGGGAAAGGGAGAGAAUGUGCUGGUUUAGCUAUUUACCAAGAGAAACUAAAAUAGGAAAAAAACAUUAAAAAUUAAUUAAAUAAUUUCAGCUGGUACAUAAAUUUUGUGGCGAGUGAAGCUAAUUUAUUGUAUCCCUCUAGAUAUUCAGCAAGAAGUCUCAAUGACCUACAGUCACCUCCUUCCCUGCUGUAAUUUCAGCCGGUAUAUGCUCAUUUCCCUCAACUAAAACACGUGUGUGGCUACAACUAAACACUGUGGUAAGAAAACUGUAAAAAUGAAGAAAAACUAUACAAAAUAAUAGUAAAAUAAUAAAACCCAACUUACAGUUUCAUAGUAUACUCUUUUACACACAUUAUUUAAUUUUCCACCAAAAAGAAAAUCCAAAAGUUGUCAGAAAAUCAAUAACAAUACUAUAGCCAUUUUCCAAAACUGCGGAGAAUUUAAAUAUUAUAAUUAAGCAACCAAUGGCAUUUCAAUUUGAAACAUUCCAGCGGCUUAUUAUUAUUAAUAUUUAAAAAAAUUAAAGUUAACUCUAGUAAUAAUCCAAGAAUAAACAAAAGGGAGUGCAUACUACACAGAAACUCAAAGGAUUGUGUAAAUUGACCAAAUACCCAUUAAUAUUAAUUUAAUUUAAAUUUUAAUAUGCUAACCCUACUAAAAAGAACAAUGCCCUAACAAAUGCUAAUGAUUAUUUAUGUAUCUUACCAUUCUGAAAUAAAGUACAAAUCGAAAUAUAACUAUGGGAAUAAAAACUCUCUUAACUUACAGCAUACAAAUACAUAUAAUAAAAAUAUUAAUCCACACACACUGGGGAUGAUGUGUAAGUCUAGUAUUAAUAGGUCUCUUGUGUCUCUGGUACAUCUCAGUUGGCCAUCAGAUAUCCAGGCAUAAUUUACUAAAUAUAACAAAAGAAUUUCUAACUUUUAGAAAAGUUCUAUGCGUAACCAAAAUAAUUAUUUGUUUUUGGUUCCCAUGAUCCCAAAAAACGAUUUUAAUUUCACUGCUUUUAAAUUUGAAAAUAAUGGUCCCCUUAAAUUAUAUUAAUAGGUUACAUAUUUUGCCAGUUAAAUUCUCUAAAAUACAUCACUGAAUGUGCAUUGAAAAUAUUAUUUAAAAAGUCUUUUACUUUAAUUAAAUGUUUAAUUUAUUAUUAUUAAAAUUUAUAUACAAAUAUUAAAAUUGUUCAACAAAAGCAUUCAGUUAUUUAAUACAGCAUGACUGGUGAAGAAGCCCACAUUUUUGAUGCCUUUAAACCAAAAGACCACUGAGUAAUUGUUCAGCACAAAUAGAAAAUUUUAAAGGAUGUUACAACAUUGUUAUAAUGAAUCUUUAAUACAAAAUCAAACGAGAACAAUUUUGUUUUGAAUGAUUUUAUUCUUGUUGUCAAAAAAUCAUAAAUGAUGAAGCUUACUGAUCAUAAAGACUAUUAAUAUUAGGUCAUAAAUUGUAAUAAUUCACAUCCCACAUCCCAAAUAAAAUAAAUUAAUGAGAAAAUAUUUAAUAUCCCUUUUAAUAUAUCAAUUGAAUAUAAUAAAUAAUUUUUUUUUUAUUCAUAUUUUUCAGGUCUGAUGUCCUUUCAGAUUGAAUUUUCCAGGAUCUGAAGUGCAAAAACACAUUGAUUGAAUAGUAUGGAGCCUUCUAUGACUGCAGUUCAAGACUGUGAAUUCUGCAAAGAAAUUUCAGAAAUGGGAAAAAGUUCCAAACCCCCUAAGCUAAGUAAUAAAGGCAAGAUUAUGCUUGGUAUUUCUGCUGCUGUAUUUACUGGUGUUAGUGCCCUAAUGGCACCAUUUGUGUUUCCUGGACUUCGCAGAUUUGCUUUGCCCUACAUUCCAGCUUCGUCUCAUCAAAUAGGAAAUGUCAUGAAAGCAUUGUCAGGUCGAUCAGGUACAUUGAUUGAUAUAGGCAGUGGAGAUGGACGAAUAGUGAGUAUAAUACAAUAUAUUUAGAUUUGAUAACUUUCACAUUUAAACAAAUAAAAAAAAAUAGUUGCAUUUUAAACUGUAAAAAGAAAGACACCAUAAAAUCAGUUGACAAGUUAUUACUUACAAUAUAAUUGCUUUAAAUAUUAUAUUGCAGAAGAUAAUUCAAUACAUACAUGCUACUUGAAAAUACUAAAAAUUUUCAUAAAUUGGAAAUACGAAGCAUAUUGUGUAUUACUAUAUAUGCUUGAUACAUCUUUUGUGUUUAUUUAGUCUUUGUAAAGUAAAUGUAGGCAUGUGCCAAAAGCCUUACAGUAUUAAAUAAUGACAUCACUAAUCUAUAUCACAGACCCUUAUAGCUGCUCGCAAUGGAUUCCAAGCUUAUGGUGUAGAACUCAAUUUAUGGUUGGUGCUGUAUUCACGCUGGACGGCCUGGAGGAAUGGUUUACAGAAAAAAGUAACAUUUUUCCAUAAGGACUUAUGGAAGGUGAACAUAGUUAUUUAUAAAGAAUAAAGAGCAAAUAAGGACGAUUAAAAACACUACAAGUAAUUUUCUUUUUAUUCCACAAAAGCCAAGUUCUCAGGAGACUGGACAUUUUGAAUGUUCAGGGGCGCUUCAUAAAUGACAUCACACAAUUUUUUACCCCUCUCUCUCUCUCCCCAUUUUCACAAUUUGUCACAAAAUUUAGACACACCAAAACAUAUUGUAACAUAUUUGUGAAACCUCUCUCCCUUUAAUGUAUGAUAAUCAUCUAAUGAUGAUCCCUCAGCAGCAAAUGUAAAGAUUUAUUUCAAAUUUUAACUGAAUUUGUCUAACUAAGGGAGACCACUAAGUAGCAAGUUGCAUAUCAAAUACCUGUUAGUUGACUUUCCUGAUUUUAAAUAUAAACUAUCAUCUUUGGUGUGUGACUGCAGAAGUGUAGUUUAUUUAUUGAGGCUUUGUAUCUCAGAAUAUUUUUUAGGUAAAAAACAUCAUGGAUAGGAAAUAAUCAAAAGUAUUUGACAUUAAUUUAAAUACAGUCAAAAAAUGUAUUGCAAUAAUCUUUGAAGUUAAAAUAUAAUUAGCCACCCCAUCCCCCCAAAGCACUGCUAUUGCUCUUCCACUGCCACCCACUUUUGUUUGUUAAAAAACAUAUUGAAAUAAAAAAAUAAUAAAAAAAGCACUGCUCUUUAAAAUUUUAUAAUGAAUGAAUUGAUGUCAUUAUCUAAUUUUUAAAAAUAUUUGUUGUAUUUACGUCAUUCUUUUACAAUUUGUAAAUUGCAUUUGUUAAUUUUUUCUUUCAUGACUAGACUGACCUAUCCAUAUAUCAAAAUGUGGUUAUCUUUGGUGUGGAGUCAAUGGUAAGUUGUAACUUAGAAAUCAUUUUAACCCUCGAACUGUGGUAUGCAUCAUUCUGUGGUGUGUAGCUUUUCUGAGCUUUUUGAGUGACUUUUGAAAUUGCAUUAAAUGACAUAGAAAUAUUUAUUCAAGACCCCAAUGAUUAUUUAUUUUUAGAAAGAUAAAUGAAUGGAGAUAAAGCUGGCUAUAUUGCCCACCCCGUACAAAUUUUUUUGCUCAUUAUCCGUGACCUUGGAGUGCUCAAGAAAAUAAAAAUCGACAAAAUGUCUUGCUUUCAAGUGCUCAUAACAUCAUUAACUUUAUAGAUACACUUAAAACAUAAAUCUAAGUGUUGUAGCCAAUUUAUUUAUCUUUCAGAAAAUGUAUAGUUUGCUAAGGUUUUGAUUACAAUUAAACCUCUGAAAGCAAUUUUAGUAAUUUUAGGUCAUUAUAUUAGAAACUGGGACCACAGCUAAAACCAAGUACAAAAUACAAAAUCUCAGGCAAAAUAGCUAUUAUUGACUAGUAAAAAUUUAAAAAGGAACUGUGGAACUGAUCUAUAAUCUGUAGCUUCUGUGACUAAAAUUCAGUCAGUCCUUGCCCAACCUCCGGACCAGGCUCGAAGUCAAACAGUUGCCUCAGUAGGCCUACUUCAGUAUCACUAAGACUAGUAUCAGAUUCAGGAAAAGAAGAAUCUGAAAUGAGAUGUCAUGGGGAAUGUUAAAAUCCCCAUCAGUAUCACUUAAAUCCUCUCCUAAAAAAGCUUUCACAAAUAUUUAUAUUAGUUCUCGUACUGUAGGCCCGACCAUGGCUUCCGCCAUUUUAGCUUUAAAAAAAACAGCGAUAUAAAAUUCCAAUUAAAAAGUACUUAUUGUUAAGUUAUCAAGAAACAGCUUGACCCGGAAUUUGAUUUAAUUAUUAAUAAAAAGAAGUGGCUAUGAUUUCGGUUAAAUAUUGGAUUGGAAGUUGCUAUCGGGCCGUGUUUUUUAUUGGCAGAUUUUUUCAGCUGCCACAGCACAGAACGAGAAUAUUGGCCAAUUUUGUCGGCCGACCACAGUUCGAGGGUUAAUAUUGAGAAAAAUUGAUCACUUUAUCACUAACCCUUCUCUUGCAUUAUUAGGGACAUUCAAUUAAAUGUAAUGAUGAUUGAAUGUGAGAUGGUGUCAAUCAAAGAAAAUUUAAGAAACAAUAAAGAAAAUGUUUCUGGUAACAGCAAUGAUUGUAGUUAUGCUAUAUUUCACCAGGAUACUGGUUUAUGUAACCAGGGCAUUUAGUUAUUAGUAGUAUGAUUUAUGACUGAAACAAUUAACAAACUAUAAAUUGUACAAUUUCUGGUAAAAGAUGAGCUUAAUAGUCCUUCCCAUGUAUGAGCUAAACAGACUUAAAAUGGGAUAUAACCAGAUCAAAAUUUUCUUGCUGAUUUUUGUAUCAACUCUGUCGCCAGCUUGAUGCAAAAUGUCUUUCAACAUAAUAAAAUGUUUUAAUUCAUCUGAUAAAAAAUAUUACUACUGGAAGUACCAAGACUUAAUUUUACAAAUAAAUAAUUGUAUUUAUUAUAUAAUAAAACCUUUCCACAUCCUAUUUUUUGAAGAAAGUUUUAAAGUAGACAGAAAGAAUGAAAUCUUUCCAGAUCCCAAGUUGUGUCUACUCUCAUAUUUGUACAAGUGUUCCCAGGGAAAAACUUACUUUAAAAUUUAAAAAAACAACAAACCAUACUCUUAGUCUUUGAGAUGAAAUUUAAUUAAAGAAUUAAAUGUGUCCUUUCACAGAUGAAACCAUUGCAAGAAAAGCUGGCAAAGGAAAUGCUGCCCGAUGCCCGAAUAGUUGCCUGCCGUUUUCCCUUGCCUUCAUGGAAGCCAGUGUUGGUUCAAGGUGAAGGUUUGGAUACAGUUUGGUUAUACAUUGUUCCACAGAGCAUUCCAGCUCAGUUUCACUGAUUAUUGUUGUGUUAUGUUUCUUUUACUUGUUACAUUAAAAAAAUAUGAUGGUUGUCUGAGAUCAGUGAUAACUUUUAACAAUUUAUAUUUCUGCCCCUCAAGGUUUGAGGCAUUAGUUACUUAUUUAGCUUUGAUCAGAAUAUAAAGUGGACCCUCAAUAUUUGUCCAUAUCAAUAUUUGUCUUUUUUAUAUUCCUCCUGUUUUUCUUAGAAAUUUUUGUUAAAUAUUUGCCAAAAAAUUUGAUAUUUGUCUCACCUACCCCGUGAGUCAAUCAGUGUCAGCGAUGAUACAAAGUACAACUUUAUAAUUUUUUUUAUAUUUAUGAGCUUUUGUAUCAAUUUUAAAAACUAAUAUGUAACAAUGGUGUUCAUGUGACUAUGGUGUUCAUAUGACAGUGGUCUUCAUGUGACAGCUGUGUUCACUUCAUGUGACCAUGGUGUUCGUGUGACUGUGGAUUUCUUAUGACUGUGGUGCCCAUGUGACCAUGGUGUUUUUUAACCAGAGUUUUUUUUGUUUUUUGUAUCUAAUUGGAUUUUUUGGGGUUUAAAUUUAGAGUUAUGUCCCUUGUUUAGUGUCAUAACAUUUACUACUUAUGUCUAUGUUUGUUUGCUUUAGUAGUUUGGGAAGCCGGAGGGGGUAGCGGUGUCUACAAUGUAGGUAAAAUUCUGUUUAAAAUUGUAUUAACAUGUUUAUAUUAUGAGGAGUAAAUAAUAACAAUAGAGCAUUAAUAACAUUAUCUGGAAAUGUGAUCGAAAGAAAUUUCGUCGACAGUAAAUUGAUUGACGGUAAUUUGAUCGAAGGGAAAUUUGGUGAAAUCUUUUUUUCAUUUUUUUACGUUAAAAUUUUGCUUCAAAUUUAUUUUUGAACGCAUUAUUUUGUUUUACUAUAUAGUAUAGUGCAUUUAAAAAGAAAUUUGGCGAAAAUUUUAACGUGUGAACUGAAAAAAGAUUCUACCAAAUUUCCGUUCUAUCAAAUUUCUGUCAACCAAUUUACCGUUAACGAAAUUUCUUUCGAUCAAAUUUCUGGUAACCAUUAAUGACUAGUGGUAAAUACGUAAUUAAAAUGUAUUACUGAUGAUUUCUGGGACAGGGAUAGAUUUUCAAGUGAAUUUUUUUUAGUAUUAAGAAUGGAUAGGUUAAAUUGAGGGAUGGUAACAGAUUAAAACUUUUUUUGUCAAUUCAUAAGUAAAAUUAUGAAAAUAAAAAAUAUACAUGUCCUUUUUGAUAUUUGUCCUCCCCUCCAGAACAGAUUAAUGGUGAAUAUUGAGGGUCCACUGCAUACCAAGUUAAAAACCCUGUUUUUACUUGAUAUUCAUUUGUCCUAAAUAAGGAACAGUGAAUCAUUUUUUCAGUGAACUCUAAUAAGUCAGUCUACCCUAAGGUAAAUAAUGUUAAUCAUGUAGUAGACUGUUAUCUGGUUUCACAUCUCUAGAUAAUAUUUCAUUAGUUUAAACUUACUGUUCCUAUGUUACAUUCUUGACCUACUGCACACCGCUGUAUUGAAAUUGAAACUAUUUUUAAAAUCCAUUUAACUAAAAUUGGAACAAUAAUUUAUCUUAUUGGGUGAUAGUGAUAAAUCUGUGGAUAGGUUAGAAAGAAAUAAUAUUAUAGUUAUACAAAAAACACAUCUAGUGCCCACUCCCCCUAUCUUACAACCUAACUUUGCUACACCCUAAUUCAAGUGAUAAUGAUUCAAUAAUACAAGAAUUAUAGAGAACUUCUAAAUUUAUGUGGUCUUGUUGUUUUAUUUGACUUGUGUUUUUAAUGAGGAAUCAUAAAAUAACUUCGGGAAAUAUACAUAUUUGAUAUGACAGCAUGUUUUGUGUGUGUGUGUGUGGAUUGGAGGGUAUCUUAGCCUUCUAAACUUCAGCACUUGCCUUCUAAAGAAGAGAUGUGAUUGCACUUUGUACAUUGUCCUGAGUGUUUUAUUGUCACUUUUCUACUAAGUAUUUAAUCUAUAUUCUACAUUUCACUGUUUUCAAAUUAUGUUUGGUGAAAAUUAAUGUGUAAAUAUUUAACAUAAAUUAUCUAUAUAUAAUAUUUUAAAGUGUGAAUAGACUGAUAAGAGAAAGCCACUUAAUAUUCCAGACCAUUAAAAAAUUCUUUUUAAAAAAGGGACUGCAAUUUUAGCAGGAGGUUGCAUGAAUACGGACUAUGUUAUUACAAUUAUUAAAAAAUAAAUGUUGAAAUGCUUUAUUGUUUGUAACUCAACGGCUAAAAUAAUCUUACCUCAAAGACUUGGAAAUAUCAGCAGCCAUUAAGUAAUGUAGCUGUGUAUUGGAUCUCUAUAAGCAGAUUCAUUAGAAUGAGUAGACAUGAAAAAGAACAAAAGGCAUGUAUUAUUUAUUGCACAAAUUAACCAAAUUUGUUUCAUUUUUCUUCUGUAAAUUUUCAAAUACUGUGCAAGAAUCUGGAACUUUAAAUAUUCAGAUGAUACAAUUUGCACAUAUUUGAUUCAUGUGAAAUUUAGGACACUUUAGAUAGUGUGGAUUGUAUUUGUAAAUAAUUGUGUGUGAAAUCGACUGAAUAUGGCAUUUGAAAAUGUGUGCAUAAAAAUUUUUAAAUUGUAAAUUUAAUAGAGUUUUACUGCAUUGCUAUUUUUAAGAUAAAUAAUAUAUUUUAUAUAUGGCAUGGUCAAUAAACAGAAUUGUUUAUGGUCAAAUUAAACAUAAAAGGAAUGAUUUUUAUCU